AUUAAUAUAUUCCGUGCAAUAUUAUGUAUCCAAAAGACAAAAAAAAAAAGUUACAAAAAUAAAAGCAUAUAAGAACCCAUAGUUAUGAGUCCAGCUAACCAUUUCCCGCCAUGUCGUCUCUUUCUCUCAUCCUCAAACCUCUAUCCAUUCCUACAUUUAUUUCCGAUAACCCAAACAUCAAAACCUUCAUAUUCCAACGUAACAUUCCACCGCCCUGUAAAUCUCACUGCCAUACCGAAAGGGGCCAUCAAUUCGAUGUCGGCGACACCUUCUUCCGCAGUGAAAGCGCCACCGCCCGUGACCUCGGUGUUCUCUCCGCCGCCCUCUACCGGAAUACCACUGGAAGUCUCCGGGUUCUCGACGCCAUGUGCGGAUGUGGAAUUCGUUCUCUUCGAUACUUAGCUGAGGCUGAGGCCGAUUUCGUGGUGGCGAAUGAUGCAAAUGAAAAUACCAGGGAUAUUAUUUUGGGAAAUUUGUCUCGGGUCGCAAGUGGUUCUGAAGAAGGAAAAAGAUGGGAGGUUAAUCAUUUGCCUGCCACUAGGUUACUGGCUGAGUGUUACUUGCGAAAAGAUUAUUUUGACCUUAUUGAUGUGGAUUCUUUCGGUAGCGGUUCCAGUUACUUGCGAGUUGCCUUGGAUGCUGUGAAAUUGGGUGGCUUGCUAUACAUUACCUCCACCGAUGGGCUUUCUUCUGGUGGUCAUAGGCCUCAACAGUCCUUAGCUGCCUAUGGAGCAUAUGUUCGGCCUUUGCCGUACUCAAAUGAGAUAGGUCUCCGGAUGCUUAUAGGUGGAGCUGUUAGAGAGGCUUCAGUUCUUGGUUAUCAUGUUGUUCCACUUUUCUCAUACUACUCAUAUCAUGGGCCUGUGUUUAGAGUGUUGCUACAAGUCAAGCGUGGAAAGUCUCUGUCUAGCAGGUAUUAUGGUUUUAUCAGCUAUUGCAACCGAUGUGGGAACACUCGAGCAUUUUCCUGGAAUGAACUUGGUGAGAUCAGCUGCCCUUGUAGUACAAAUGUUAAGCGUUCAAUUGUAGUUUCAGGACCCCUCUGGACUGGGCCUCUUCACAGUGCUCCCCAUUUAACAGAAAUGAUGAGUUUGGCUGAUCAGUGGGGAUGGUUUGGUGAUGAAGAAGGAAAAAACCUAGAAAAGCUAUUGAAACAGAUGAUUGACGAGAGUGACCCCAAACUGCCAGUUGGAUACCUCAAUGCAGAUGAGAUAGCAAGUCGGGCUAAACUUAACUUGCCUCCCCUUAGUGUGAUAAUGAACAGCCUGCACGAGGGAGGUUAUGCUGUUAGCAGAUCCCAUAUUGCCCCAAAUGCGAUUAAAACAGACUGCCCCAUGGUUGUAUGUGUGAAGAUUGUGAAGCAUCUCCAACAGGCUGCUGAAAUGAGCUCGUGCCAUUAAAGUUCGUUCGAUGAAGGGGAGUCAUUACUGUUGCAAAAGGCUUGAAAAAAUCAGUGAUUCCACGUUGUGCAUGCACCUGCUUCCACGGGAGCAAUUCAGAAAUUUGGAGGUUGCUGAUCCACCCCUAGUUUUGGUUUAACUAGGCAGAGUUAUGCUAAGUUUAGCGUAUCAUGUUUUUGACCCCAGCUUGGGUGUAUAAAGAAAUAUGUAACACUUGGGUGAAAGUUGAGAACGUAUUUAGCUCUUGUUGGAGAAAAAAAAGUGUGUGAAAUGAAUAUGGACGAUUUACAUAGCCAAUGCAACUACAUUGAGAUUAA